AUGGGUUGUUUUAGUUCUAAAGCAAGGCGGCAGUUUCCUGGACACGAGGAUCCAGUGAGCCUUGCUUCGCAAACAGCUUUUACGGUGAGUGAAGUUGAAGCACUCUUUGAGCUAUAUAAGAGUAUUAGCAGUUCUGUGAUUGAUGAUGGGUUGAUAAACAAGGAAGAAUUUCAGCUAGCCAUUUUCAAGAAUAGAAAGAAAGAAAAUCUCUUUGCAAAUCGGAUAUUUGAUCUGUUUGAUGUGAAGCGAAAGGGUGUUAUUGAUUUCAGUGACUUUGUGAAAUCACUCAAUGUCUUCCAUCCCAAUGCCCAACUAGAGGACAAGAUUGAUUUUUCAUUUAAGCUUUAUGAUUUGGAUAGCACGGGAUUUAUUGAGCGCCAAGAGGUCAAACAAAUGUUAAUUGCACUUCUUUGUGAGUCUGAAAUGAAGCUGGCUGAUGAGACUAUUGAGCUAAUUCUUGACAAGACUUUCUUGGAAGCUGAUGUAAAUCAAGAUGGGAAGAUCGACAAAUAUGAAUGGAACAAUUUUGUCUCUAAGAAUCCAUCAUUAUUAAAGAUCAUGACCCUCCCCUAUCUUAGGGAUAUUACUACUACAUUUCCAAGUUUUGUAUUUAAUUCUGAGGUUGAUGAGAUUGCUACGUGA